AUGCUCCAAUUUCAGCCAAAAAAAUUAUGGCUUCAUGCUGGUUCAACUUGCUAUAUAAGUGGCAAGACAAUUUUCAGACGCAGUAAUUGGUCAUUGAGGCCUCGGAGUGUCAGCAGGAGUUUGCGUUCCUCGAUUGAGAAAUUAGAAAGAGACGUCAUGAUGUCUCAUCUCUUUUAUAUCGUUUUGCUACUUGGUGCAGUGAACACAGUUGAUGCGUUACCAUGUUCUUGCCCCGAGAGACAUCCACAAGAGGUUUUUUGUAGUGCGCAUUUUGGUAAGUAAAGCCCUUACUCUUGAAAUGUUUUGAGAACUCGGACAUUUUACAAGAGUGAUGAUUGUUCCUCCUAACUAGUUGAGACUAAUAGGAUUUAAGGUUUUGAUCAUCUUGAUUGUUCUAUGGUUUUCUGGACUCUUCGUGGUCUCUACCUUGGUUUUCAUUCGGUUUUAUUGACUUGCUUUUCUUCCUCCUGGGUUAACUAUUUCUCCUCUUUUUGAAUUUAUCUUGGUAACGGUUUUCAGUUUUGUCCAGUUGUUUUUAGUUUUCGUCGAGUUUUCCUAUUCCGAUGAAAAUUUCUAUGAGAAACUCUUAUGUCCCACGUAUAAACUUGAUUAUCUUGAAAAGUCAAUAGUCGAGUUUUGUUAAAACUGCAGUGCUGCGGAGCCCUUUUUUUGCGCCGACUCCCAAGCCUUUCUUCCUGACGGGAGUCGAGACAGCUAAAGUCAACCUAUUUUCGGGGCGACUUCUUCGAACGAUUGACUCAUCAAAUUCAAAGUAACGAAAAAAAAAUAUACUAUUAUUGGAAAUCUUGAGAAUCUUUUGGUAAACCUGUUUCGACUUUAAAAAACGUUUUGUUUUGUUUUGUUUUGUUUUUGCAUAGAGAACUGGUAAGACUACUAGUUCGAAACAAAAAUCCUUGGUAAAACGAUUUCAAACUUCUCUUAUGUACCGCGACCACAAAACUUAAAAAGCCAAGAGCAGUCCUGUAAUUACCCAACUGAUUCUUAAAAACCAGGUGCCUCAACAUACGAAACUGCUUUAGUUUCGAAGUACAACAAAAAAAAAAAACCCGACAAUGAUUUACGUCAUGUCUGGGUUUAAGGGUAAAAACGACAUUUUCAAAGACUUAUUUCGCACGCCAUAUCUGUUUUAUUUUGUAACUAGUGUAUAUGACCAUCUGUACUCCUUGCAGCUACAUGCACACUUGAAAGAAUCCAAUAACUUCAGUUUUUAAAAGAAAUGAUGAAAACCUCUAAAGUUAUUUUUCAUUUUACGUUAUGAAGAUAAUAACCUGGAGUGUGUUAGAGCAAAUUUUAAUCAAUAAGUCUUUACAAGUCGAAAGCACUCGUCAUCGAUGAAGCUCUUACUUGGCAGAAUGACUGCCUUAUUUGAACUUUUUCCAAGACUUCUCUUGAGCUUAUUAAAGCACGCCCUUUAAAUCAAUGAUAUUGUAUCCGACAGCGAAAUCGGAACUUUUUCUAGGAUUUCAAUCUUCAAAAGGGACUAAUAUUUUUUGUUAACCCCAAGCUCGCCACAAAACAAGCCUUCUGCAUAUUUUCGACGGAAUACCCAAUUUCACCUCAAGCUGCAUUCGCUUUCAACGUGCAAACUGGUGAAUUUUAACAGGAAGGUAUUACCAAAACACUAAAAAUCAAAUGAAUAAUCACAUUGAAACAACAAAAAAACUGUCAAAGAUUCGUAAAAACUCUAGUACAAACGGGGAAUGAGGGCGAAUUUUAAAUAAAUGAGGUCAUUGGCCACAACAGCCACCUUCUUUAAGCUUCAGGUUUGGAAACCAAAUCAAAUCCUUUCCUGUUCACACUUACUUGAGAAAAUAUUUGCAGGGCUUUUCCAAACAAAGUUAAUUUAUCGCUUACUAUCACAUUAUUUUUGGCCGGAAAGAGCAUUUGUUUAAUUAGUGAGGUUAGGUCACAUGUUUUCCUUAGCAAUUCUCUUAAUUUCCUCCGUAUUAAUGUACUCUUAAAAAUUCCUGAAGGUAUAAAUCAACAGAAAUUUCACCCAGACAACAAAAGUUGAUUUAAGAGCAUUGGAGCAAAGUUUUUAAUAUUGGAAUGUCGAAAGUAUUCCGGAAUAAAUCGGAAAAAAUAAAUGUCUAUGCUCCGUUAUUCGAAAAGGAAACUCGGUGCCUCCCCAUCAAACAUCAAACGCGACACUACAACACUGCGAUUUGGUCACUCGCGUUUUCCCGCGCUUUGGGCUGCUGCAGUUUGCUUGUUUUAACUGUGAGUUCUAAUCGGCUCUUCGUAACAUUUUUACCUUGUUCUGAUUGGCAGCUGUAGUUACUUUCUUUCGUUUGAAGUACACUGUGUAAGACUCUUGAUCGAAAAAGCGAGUGUGCGAAAAUAAAAUGGUGGGGUCAGCGUUUGUGGGACAACCGCGCGUGCCGUUUGUCUAAUGCCCGCCCGCCCUACGCUUCUUAUGUAGUAAACCUUGCCUGACAAUCCAAAGAGUGGCUGCGAAGGCGAAAGCGCGAAGGAGACUGACUGUUUCUAGAGAGAAAAAGAAACUGUGGUGCUGUGUCUGCGGGGGUUAUUACAAGAUCAUUUGAUUUUAUCACUUGUAUUGGGAUUCUAAGGAUAACAUUACGAGCGUAAGCCCUUCAUCCAAGCGAGUGGAGGAAUUGUGGGCUGUGUGUGGUUGAUAUACAGAAAGAUGGCGCUACAAUAAAAAAAAUAGUGUCCUAGUUACGGUGUACUAGAAAACAUUGUUACUAUCUGUAUUUUUCCUUCCCAUGUCUAGUUAUCCGAGCAAAGGUUUUGUUUCAAGAGGAAUACCUCGACAAUUUUACUCGUAUCUUCGACCUCCGCAUCCUGAAAACAUACAAAGGAGAACACCGACUCCAUGAGAUGGAAAGCGUCAAUGUUUACGGCUCCAGACAGCGAAGCCUUUUUGCCAAAGCUUACACCUUUACUCUUGAUAGCCUGUGCGGGGUCAAACUGAAUAACAACAAAGUGUACCUCAUCUCAGGCCAAGUCAGGAAAAGAAAGCUAGAGCUCAAUCAGUGCCACUGGAACCAGGAAUGGCCUCAAAUCACUGUGCGCCAGCGUCUUGGGGUACGGCGGUUUUACCGAGGGAACUGCGCUUGUCAGAUCUCGCCGUGUUACACUGUGUUUUGUGACAAGAAGCCGAAACUAAAGGGGUGUGGUAAGCCUUCUGGAAUCGAUCACAACAGCUGCGAAUGGGGUCAUUCCUACUGCAUUCAAAAUGCUGAAAAAACCGCAUGCUCUUGGCGUAAAACCAGUCACUACAAGACCUGCAUCACCAAAGUGAAACCAUAGGAACUGAACAAAGAACAUACUAUUUGCAAAAAAACUACAACGUUAGUUUUAGACUUUUAGAAAAAAAAUAACGCACAAAAUGCCGAGUAUGUCUGAUAGAUAUUUUCAUUAACCUCAUGAC